ACGAAAUGGGUGCGGUUUGAUAUAAAACCCUUCUCGAAACCCUGAAGCUUCUUGAGCCACAAAUGGCGUCCAAGAAUAGUACGACAUCGUUUGAUGAUCUUCCUCAAGAAGCUGCUGCUAACAUCCUCUUAAGGCUUCCAGUCAAAGCCCUGAUCAGGUCAACAUCAGUCAACAAGAACUGGUACUCUCUUAUCACAAACCCUCAUUUCAUUUCUGCUCAAAUCAAGCGUGCUGUAUUACAUUCUCAUGAUAAUGCUGUGUUUGUAAUCCACCACUCUGUUUCUCAACAAAAACAUUGCUCCUUAGUCUCAGCUGAAACUUCAAAACUUUUCGAAAAAUUUGAGAUUCCCUUUACUACUAAGAGUGGAAAGUUGCAAUUAGUUGGUUCAGUUAAUGGCCUUAUGUUAUUAACUGAUUCUCAUAUGUUUCAUAGUUCUCGAGAUUUGUAUCUGUGGAACCCUUGUCUUAAAACUCACAGAACCCUUGUUUCGAGUUGUUUCAAGAACCUUCGUGAUAACCCCUACAGAAGUUAUUGUAUUGUCGGGUUGGGUUUUAAUGAAGCUUGUGAUGAUUAUAGAGUAGUGAGGGUUGUUUAUUCUAUGGACAACAAGUGUAAUCACUUGGGAGAAGUGUGUCCUAAGGCUGAGAUUUAUAGUUUAAGGAAACAAACGUGGAGGAAGAUUAAAGAUUCUGCUGUUACUAGGCUUGGUGCGAGUGAUGGGGUUUUUGUCAAGGGUAGAUUCUACUGGUUAGAAAUGAAAAAGCCCAUAACCCAGGAGACGGGUCGUCCUUAUAAUAGUAAGGAUUUGUGGAUGUUGUCGUUUGACUUUGAUAAUGAGGUGUUUGGCGAACUGAAAUUUCCAGAGAAUGUUUCAAAUUGUUUAGGACGAGGAUCCAGAUAUAAGUUGAUGGAGUUUGAGGGCUCACUCUCUCUGUGUGUUUAUGAGGUACAGUGUUGUAAUGGAGUCGUUGUCCAUCCUUAUCGUCUAUGGUUAAUGAUGCAGGGUAAUGGUGUAAUCACUUGGACAUUACGUUUUAAAGUUGCACUCAAGGAAGGUGGGUUUCCGAUGAGUAUCACAAAGGCCGGAACAGUUUUAAUAGAGACAAUUCGCGGGUUGCCUAAUGACCUUUCUGGCAUUAUAUCAUGUAAUCUGAAGAGCCUGUGGUAUAAAGAUCUUGGAUUUUAUAAGCAUGGGGGUGUAGAGUCUUCCCUAUUCUGUCCUGAGGAUUUUACUGUGGACACUUCCUUCGUGGAGAGUUUGGUCAUGUACGAGGGAGGUAAAUCACUGUUGAAAUUUGCAAAGUGAGCAAUCCCAAGUCUUUGGCUGGGCUAGUUGCUGAUUUUGCUUGAAAGUCUUGCAACUCUUCUAGGUGCAGCAUUUAUGUAAAUUGUCUGAAGGUGCCAGCUUUUGCUGAUACAACUCUAUGGAAGAUCUUUUGAACUCCACAUGAUGUAAUUUCUUCACGUGCCAUGUUUAGGAAGUACUUAUGUCUAACAGAAUUUAUCAAAUAUAGCUUCUUCCUUUUUCUUUUUGGCCAGCGUUUAAGAGAUCAAUCGUUUAGUAAUAUUAAGGAUCAAAAUGAUCCUGACUCAUAGUCAGCAUACAAAUCUUAAACAUGUAUCACGUUAGGAUUAUUGUCGUAACCACUUAUGCUUCUCUGGGAAUAUAAUGUGUCCGCUGGAAGGGUGAAUAGUUUCAGGAA